GAAAUGUAUUGAGACACCAACGACAAAGCUCUGUCCCUCUAUCUAUCUAUCUCUCUCUCUCUCUCUACGGACACCAAUAAGUCAGCAGCAUUUUGUAUUUCCCGUUCCAUCCUCUUCCUAGGGCUCGAUUUCUUCCUGCGCAAACCCGCCCGAUUUCAGGCUGAUUCGUCUGGACCCCGUCGCGUUCCCGGCGGCGUUCAGGCGGGGCAUGAGGGAGGUGAACGUCGAUCUUUUCGAUCCGAGGACCGUCAUGGACUCGGACUCGUCCCCCGGCGGCACCUCCGUGGCCGGGUCGGAGUCCGACUUCGGCUUCGCCUUCAACGACAGCAACUUCUCCGACCGCGUCCUGCGGAUCGAGAUCCUCCCCGACCUCCCCGAUUUCAAGUCCGACGGCGAGGGCUGCUCCAGCAUCGCCGACUGGGCCCGCAACCGCAAGCGCCGCAGGGAGGAGAUUAAGAAGGAUAACGUAGCCUUAGAGGGCAAUGUUCAAUGCGAGGAGCAGAUUAUAAACUGCAAUAUGCCCGAUAGUGACGAUGGCGUUGUGUACGAGAACCAGGACGAGGAACCCAUGGCAAUGAUUGAGGAGACACCCACAGGUGCUAGAAUGGUUUCGGAUAGAAUUGGUGAAGAAGCUCCUAAUAGCAGUGACCCUUUGUUGGCUAUGGACUGCUCAACGGUUCUUAGAGUCAAAACUUUACAUAUCAGUUCACCAAUUUUAGCAGCAAAGAGUCCUUUCUUUUACAAGUUGUUCUCUAAUGGAAUGAGGGAGUCUGAACAGCGGCAGGUGACUUUGAGAAUCCAUGCAUCCGAGGAAGCGGCUCUUAUGGACCUCCUUAAUUUCAUGUAUAGCAAUACCUUAUCUACGACACAACCUACAGCCGUGUUGGAUGUAUUAAUGGCCGCUGACAAAUUCGAGGUGGCAUCAUGCAUGAGAUAUUGCAGCAAGUUAUUACGGAACUUGCCAAUGACCGCUGAGUCUGCCCUGCUUUACUUGGAUCUUCCUUCAACUGUUUUGAUGGCUGAUGCAGUUCAGCCUCUGACAGAUGCAGCAAAGCAGUUUCUUGCUGCACGCUACAAGGAUGUAGCUAAGUUCCAGGAAGAGGUGCUGAACUUACCCUUAGCUGGUAUCGAGGCGGUGUUAUCCAGUGAUGAUCUUCAGGUGGCUUCGGAGGAUGCAGUCUAUGACUUUGUCCUCAAGUGGGCCCGGAUGCAUUACUCGAAGCUGGAGGAGCGAAGGGCAGUCCUUGGCUCUCGACUCGGGCGACUGAUCCGCUUCCCAUUCAUGACGUGCCGAAAGCUGAAGAAGGUUCUAACCUGCAAUGAUUUCGACCCUGAAAUCGCCUCCAAGGUCGUUCUUGAAGCUCUAUUCUUCAAGGCUGAGGCCCCAUACAGGCAGCGGUCUCUGGCAGCGGAGGAGGCCAACUCUCACUAUCGCCGCUUUGUGGAGCGGGCCUACAAGUACCGGCCUGUCAAAGUGGUGGAAUUUGAGCUUCCCAGGCAACAGUGUGUGGUCUACCUUGACCUGAAGAAGGAGGAAUGCGCUAACCUAUUUCCUGCCGGUCGGGUCUAUUCCCAGGCAUUCCAUCUGGGUGGGCAGGGAUUCUUCCUCUCAGCACACUGCAACAUGGACCAGCAGAGCUCGUUCCAUUGCUUCGGGCUGUUCCUGGGGAUGCAGGAGAAAGGCUCUGUCUCUUUUGCCGUGGACUACGAGUUUGCAGCCCGUUCAAAGCCCAGUGAAGAGUAUGCGAGCAAGUACAAGGGGAAUUACACCUUCACUGGGGGUAAGGCUGUUGGAUACCGCAAUCUCUUUGGCAUUCCAUGGACUGCUUUCAUGGCAGAUGACAGCGCAUAUUUCCUCAACGGGACCCUCCAUCUCAGAGCGGAGCUCACUAUCAGACAGUCCUUGAAGUGAUGUGUUGGAAAGUCCGAACGGUUUCUUCCAUGACUCUUUCCAGCAGUCCAGCAGUACAUGGACUUUACUUUUGCAGCACUACAUUCGGUCGCAUCUCUGUUUGUCGCCUGUCUAAUGGAUGACAGAAUGUAAAAUUGCCCCCUAAAAGCAUAGCAAUCAACCCGAGUAAUUAUUCUCAGCACU